CACAACGGAAUCCACUUGACACUUGUCACUUGUCAAAUUCUAAACACAAAAACUAUGGCAGAUUUCGGCGAUAAUUUCGAUCAAUUAGACGUAGAUCCCGCAGCGGAAUUCCUCGCCCGCGAACAAUCGGAAUUAGCUGGACUUGAGGAUGAAUUGAAACCGGCGGCGGCGGUUACGAUUCCCCCAAUAAACGGAACUUUACGUGUAGAUGGUGCCCCAAUCCACCUCGUCAAUGAAAAUUCUGGGUCAAGUUUUGAGAUGAUUGACAAUCUAGAGCAGGACAUCAAUUUGGAUUUUGGAAAACCCAGCAACGGUGAUGAUUAUUCUUUUGAGCAUGAUUAUGGAAAUACAGUUUCAUCUUCACCCCCACUGAUGAAGCAUGAAUUGAAAGAGGAACCUGAAAAAAUUCGGAAAUGGAGGGAAGAACAAGUGACCCGUUUAGAGGAAAAAGAUAAAGCAGAGGAAAUAAAGAAAGAAGAAUGGAGAGAAGUUGCAAAGAAAGAGCUGGAGGAUUGGUAUAAGAAUCAUGCAGAACAAAUUGCUAAAACCAAAGCUGCUAAUAGAGAAUCAGCAAAGAAUGCUGAAAAACAAUUUGUAGCAGAUGAUAAUGAAAUAGAACCAGGAACUGAAUGGGAGCGAAUUGCAAAACUUUGCGAUUUUAAUCCUAAAGCUAAACAAGGAAGUAAAGAUGUUUCUCGUAUGCGUUCCAUUAUUUUACAAUUAAAACAAUCCCCAAUAAAUUCAAAGGCAUAAUCAACCCAACUUAAUAAAAAAAAAUAAAAUGGGGAUAAAAGCGUCUAUGAAAUAAAUAAAAACAGAAAUUAACAUAAAUUAAAAAAAA